AUGAGAGAAACUGAAACGGCACCAGCAGCGUGGCGGUUCCUUCAGGCCCCGGCCGCUCCGCGCGAGCACCCGCUGCGGCGGCGCCGCGGAGACCCGCGGGCACUGCAGGGCGCGCCGCGAUCCGAGGAAGCGAGCCCCGGCCGUGCCCGCGGCCCCCACUCACCGUGCGCUCCCCGUGCUGCCGGCGCGGCGCUCUGCACUCAGCCCAGCGGCGCCGCGGCUGCCGGGAGAUCGACAGCCGUCUCGCGAGACCGCCACCUCGAGCGCCGCCUGGCGGCCCGGAGGAGCGGCUGCGCCCUCUGUGAGGGAGCAGUGCCAAAGCGCAGUGUGAAGUUAAAGCCGUCGCUGCAGGCGUUAGGGAAGUGGGCACGCUGCCCUCAGGACAGCCACUUGCUGCAGGCUCGCCCCUGGAAACGGGCUGUUUUCCUUUCGCCUCCACGACCCUGCUGCUCGCCCUCCCACGCACACCCCCUCUCUGACGUCCGUCUUUGGUCCCCUUCCAGACAGGCCCUGACCUGGCACGCAGUCCUGCAACUGCCGCCAGCUCUGUCCCUGCCCCCCCGGCUUGUCCUGCUGGGCCCGGCCAGGCCCAGAACACAGCUGGCGGUGCUCCACAGCCCACGUUUCAUGGCCCCGCAGCAGAUUUUCAGAGCUCUCGUGGAAAGCAUGCUCAAUUCAGAUAUGAUGGAUGCACACUGCAACACGCAUAUGCUUUACAAGUGAGAGAAAUUUCCGUGUACAUUUUGUGGGAUACCAUAGACUCGACCACGUCUUCAAGGUAAGCCAGAGUGACCCAAAGCUAGACAAGAAUUUGCCAGCACGAUGAGUUAUUUGUCCGUAACUGUGAUGCUGACUUCAACAGCAACUUCAUCUAAGGCAGCAAUAUUUGCAUCACUGAAAAACUGCCAUAAAGGCUGUGCAUACUUGUAAUCAACUUGCCAAGGCCAAGAGUGUGGCUUUGUUUCAUUGCCUCAUGCAAUUCUCCCUGUAGCCUUUGGCUGAAAUAACUGCCACAGUUUGCUGGCCAGCCGACAAUACACAGAGAAAUGCAUUCAAUGAGCAAAGUCACAUCCCAACAGUGAUUCACUGAUCUCAGACUCAGUGGCUCCUACAACUUAAAAUAGGAAGGAGAUGAAUAACCAUAAAUUCCGUGAAACUUUCUACAUAUGCUACACAGUCAAAAUUUUUUAAUAACUACCUGAUACACUUCAGUUGUUAAAAAUGCUGCAAAUUUAAGACAUCAAAAUGUUAGUGGAAAAGCUUACCAUGCAAGCAUAGACUGAGCUCACUGUUCACAUUUCAGACACCUGUGGUUUCCUGAAGAGCCGGAUUUGGGACUGAAAGCCCCAGUGCCUCUCACCUUGCAAUUAAAUGGUUCAGGGGACAGGGCAGGACAGCAGCUUUCUGUCUGGCUGCUUCGAGGACAGCUCAGAUGCAGGCUCGGGGAGAGCAGUCAGUCUUGUGCCCAGUUACCGAACACUACAUUUUCAGUGGCUUCAAGACAUCAUCUCUGUCAACAAUGAAUAGUUUCAAAGACUCGCUUUGCAUCUGGAUUAGAAAUAUAAAAAAACAAUAAACAAAGAAACAAAUAAAAAGUACUCCUGCACAAUGUAUUUCUCCAAAUCAUUCAUUACUUUCUGCUUGAUGUGGGAGAGUUGGAAGGAUGGUUAUUAUUAAUCAUCUUCUGCAAAAGAAAGGUGUGAGGGACAGGGUAGAAGCCUCCACUUUUAAUAACUCCACUUGAGAGAAGACCUUAGUUCCACAAAAAGGCAUUAAAUACUCAGAUAUUCUUAUUUUUCUGUGAGAGAAAUAACAAAAAUCUUAAAUGGGAACCUAAGGAAGAGAAAACCAAAAGUAUCCUGAUCAGCCACACCUGGAAGAGGAAGUGAGUCUCAGUGUAGGCUUAAGGCACAAGGACUGCUUUAUCUGACAACUAUGCAACGUUAUGGCUCUAGA